AUGAAUGGUGUAAUAGAGGCGUUGCACAUCUAUGAUGAGCAUAAUCGUGCGAUACUCUCUCAUAUCUAUACCUCACGCCCUCUUUCGGCCGCCGUCCUUCUUCCCCUAUAUCUCGAACAUCCAGCUCCGAGACCCAACUUAAUAUACCUACCAAAUACUAAUCCUCCGACCCUUGUAUUUAGUCUUAUACAUGCAAAUAUACUUUACUUGGCAACCUCUUCUUCCGAGAUAGAGCCUCUUCUCGUCCUCGAGUUCCUUCAUCGCAUAAUCGAUGCGCUUGAAGAGUUCCUCGGCGCCCCAGUCCUAGCGCAUAAGAUCGAAGCAAAUUACGAUGUCGUUGCUCAACUUCUUACUGAGAUGUGCGAUGCCGGUACUGUUAACACUACAGAACCAAACGCAUUGAGGGAUGUGGUUGAAGUGGAAGGUCUACUAGGGAAGCUAUUAGGUAGCAUUAAUCUGCCUGGCAAAUCCCCUAGCAACUCAAGCGCACCAUCCCUUAUAUCCCAAACUGCGCCAGCUCUCCCCUGGAGGCGGGCAAAUGUGCGACAUACAUCAAAUGAGCUCUACGCCGACAUUGUGGAGACGUUGUCCGUCACUCUUGCACCAUCUGGUAGACCAAUCGCUGCAUAUGCGAAUGGUACUAUUGCAUUUACGUCUAAGGUAUCUGGUGUUCCAGAUAUCCUCAUAAAUAUCACUGGACCCUCAGGAAAACAUAACCUAAACAGCGUUAUGGAGUUGCCGGUAUUCCACCCAUGUGUACGAUUAAACAGAUGGAAAGAAAAUCCAGGAGAACUCAGCUUCAUACCCCCGGAUGGACGUUUCAUCCUCGCAGGCUAUGAAGUGGAUUUACUACCUUUCACUAACGGAAAAAGCGGGAAUUUGAGUUCGAACAGCCUGAGACUUCCAGUAAACAUCGAGGUCAAAACCGGGUUGGGAUCAACUGGUUCAGACUUCGAAGUUCGGCUUAAUAUCAACAAGAACUUUGGACCUUCUAACUCUUCAAUAUCAGGGUCGUCUGGCAGAGGUGGCAGCUCAGGUGGCAGAGGAUUCGGAGGACCACAUCCAGGCUCGGCCGGCGCGCCACUAUUACAAGACCUUAUCGUCUCAGUGCCGCUACCUUCCGAAGUUAGGAACCUUUCAGAUAUUCGACCGAGUAAAGGAGACGCUAGUUUUAGUGCAGGAGAUAGGGUAUUGGAAUGGCAUAUACCCACAAAGGAACUUUCCACCGGGACAUCUUACUAUGGCCUUCGAUGCUCAGUCCAGGGUCUAUUAUCUGAAGAUCAAGAAGAUAACGAUCCUAAUGGGUUCGGUUUCGGCAAGGACUAUACUUACGACGAGCCAUAUCAAAGCAAUGUCAAUGAGAAGCCCAAAAAUGGGGAAGGAAGCUCGGACAGCGAGAAGGACGCAAAAAGAAUUGCCCAGAACAAAAUCCUUAUGCCGAGCUCUGCAUCCGUUAGCUUCUCUGUCAAAGGAUGGUUAUCAAGUGGAAUUAAGGUCGAAAGUAUCCUCAUUGACCCGAGAAAGAGUCGAGGCCUCGGCGAAGGAAUAAAACCGUAUAAGGGUGUGAAGUAUCUUACUAUUAGUAAGGGAGGAGUUGAGACUAGAUGUUAA